CUCCAGGUUUAAGCUUCACUGGGUUUCGUUCUUUUUCGAGGAUUGAAUUGGAGAUUAGUUGAACCAUUGAAGCCAUUGAAGACAAGUUAAAGGAAGGUGAUGCCUUUACAGAAUGAGUCUUCGUCUCCAACCAACAAUUUUCGUGCUCGUUAUUUCUACUUUCUUGGUCACUUUAAUCGGAGCUCAUAACUGCAGUAACUCCUGUGGAACCGGAAAAUCUGCUCAGUCUGUGCCAUACCCAUUUGGGUUCUCUUCUGGUUGCCCGAUCCGAUUGAACUGUAGCUCCGACACCGGCGCAGUCAAAAUCGAAGAAUUUGUUGUCCAGAACAUUACCCCUAGCGGUAUCCUAGUCGAUCUCCCUCCGAAAUGCGACCGACCCAUCAACUCAAUCAAGCCGCUUUUUGGUCGCAAUUACGCUUUGGCAUGGCAGAACAGUCUGCUUUUGCAAAAUUGUAUUGGUUCGCUUAAUGGGUGUGUUAUUCCGACGAGUAUGAUCAGUCGCCGAUUCGACUUACAGAGCUGCGAUUCUAAUAAAAGCAACGUCAUUAGCUGUGUCUCUCCGGAGGAUAAUAAGGGAAUUGAUGUAUUGAGUUACGAGAACGUGAACAGGAUUCAAUGCACGGUCUUGUUCUCUUCGAUUUCCUUUGACUUGGGGUACUCGCCCCAGUUUCAGAGGAUUGAGUUGGGAUGGUGGCUUAGUGGGUCGUGUUUUGCUGCUAAUGAUUGUGACCGAAAUGCCGAUUGCACGAACAUUCAACUCCCCAAUGCUAACGGGUACCGAUGCCGGUGUAAACCAGGUUUUGAAGGUGAUGGGUUCGUCGCCGGCGAUGGUUGCCGGAAAAUUGCAGAUUGCAAUCUUUCAAAGUAUAUGGCCGGCCGAUGUAGAGGAAAAACGAGAGUUGGUGUUCUUGUUGGAGGGAUUGUAGCUGGAGCUGUGUUAAUGGGUCUUCUGGCUAUUGCAUGUUGUGUAAUCCGCCGUCGAUCCACCUUGAAAGAUCGACCAAGUGCAAAACGCUAUAUUGUUUUUGUAUAAGGCUAUCCACAUCAGUUGCUGCAAAUUGAAACGGAACUGUAAUUUUAGAGUUUGUAUUUUGUCUUGUAGUGGAAACUGAGUCACACAUCUGUGACUGGAUUGGAAAC